UCAGUCUCCAGCAGGAAUCACUGAGGGAGGAAACAGCACGGCACCCAGUCUUGGAAAAGUAGUAGUUUGUAGUUAAAAAAAAGUUUGUAGUUUGCAUUUACUCUAGUUGUAGCCUGCAUUCAUUUCUUGCAUGCCUUUGUAUGACCAAUUCACAGAGAUACUAAAGCAACAUGUCUUCCACUGCCGGGGUUUGAGGGAAGAGAAGUAAAAGAAAGUGAGAAAGGGCCACUGAGGGAAUGCCACUGUGCCUCUACGAGUGUCUGACGGCUGUCGGGCUUCAGAGUCACUUUGCCAGGUUUACCUCGUUGGGUGUUCAUCAGGCAGCCCACCUUUCGGAUCUGACCGUGGAGGACUAUCCAUUCCUGGGGAUCCGCUCUAUGGAGGACAGGACUCGGCUCUUCAAUCUGGUCCAAAUGCUCAAAACUCUUAACCUCAAAAAUGAAGAUGCUGAUGACGAUACUGAUGCUGAGGAUACUGACCACGAGAGGGUUGCUGCUGUGAGCAAGCUAAAUGCACCAAAUCCUCCCAAACCGCCACACGUCCGCAGGCGGCUUGAUUUCAGUUGUGAAACCUCGGAUCAUCGCCUGAACCUGUUCUUCUCUUGUCCAGACAAACCUGUUCAUGUCUGUGCAAGUCAUAUUAGAAAUAUUGUGCCAUGCCAGGGCAGAGCAUCAGCUAUACCAGUGCAGGUUGACACUGGAAGUGGCUGCAAGGAGAAGAACCACCACAGGCUGCAUUUCCAUAGAAGGAUCAGCAGGAAAGUAGUGGGGCAGAAAGGUAGAAACGGAAUCCUUAGGAGGGAAAACUUCUGCAGCGAUAUCAAAAAUAACGUGCACACUGAACACAACACUAAGCCAACACCUGUUUAUGAAUCAAAGAGAACAACUGGCUACAACUAUGGACUGCCACUCACUUCUCCUCCUGUUCCAGACAACAAGCAGCCAGGGGGGCAAAGGAUCAGUGUGUGUCUAAGGAAAAGACCUCUGACAAAGGCAGAGCGCAGGAGAGGAGAGGCAGAUGUUGUAACAACUCAGAGUGGAGAGUGUGUGAUUGUUGAUGAAAGUAAAGAGGCUGUGGAUCUCUCACACUACAAACUACAGCACAGGUUCUACUUUGACCAGGUCUUUGGAGAGGAGAGCUCCAACGUGGAGGUGUACCAAAGAACAGCGUAUCCUCUGGUACAGCACAUGCUCAAUGGAGGUAAGGCCACCUGCUUUGCAUAUGGCCAGACAGGUGCAGGAAAGACUCACACCAUGUUGGGUUCUCCUGUGAGACCUGGGUUGUAUGCACUGGCAGUCCUGGACAUCUUUGCUUACCUCUCUACUCCUGACAUGCAUUCACCCCUGCUUGUCCAUGUCAGUUUCUUUGAAAUCUACUGUGGUCAGCUGUACGACCUGUUGGACCACCGAAAAAGGUUGUUUGCCAGGGAAGAUGGACAAAAGGUGGUGCACAUUGUUGGGCUGCGUGAUGUCAGAGUCGACUCAGUGGGCUCACUCUUGGAGGUGAUCUCGCGGGGUACAGAAGAGCGCACACAGGGAAUGAGUGGCGUGAAUCCCGUCUCUUCUCGUUCCCACGCCUUGCUUCAGAUUCAACUAAGAGAUGCAGACCAGCACAUUGCUGGUAGAAUGUGGUUUGUGGACCUAGCAGGAAGUGAGAAGGCAUCGGAUACCAAAGAACCAAACAGGCAGAGUCGUAUGGAGGGAGCUGAGAUCAACCAAAGUCUGUUGGCUCUGAAAGAAUGUAUCCGGUCCCUUGAUCAAGAGCAGUCGCACACACCUUUCAGACAAAGCAAACUUACUCAGGUUUUGAAAGACUCGUUUGUUGGAGACUCAAUGACAUGCAUGAUUGCCAACAUUUCACCAGGUCACUUGGCAACUGAACACACGCUAAACACACUCAGAUACGCCGACAGGGUGAAGGAGUUGGGGGGACAACUAGGGCUAAGAGGAAGAAGAAGGGGAAAGCCAACACACUCCUCCAAAUGUAACCUGUCCAACAGCAGCAGCCGAACCAACGUUGUUGGCACCAGAGGGAAAGGUCCCCCUAAAAAGCCAAAGUCAGGGGGACAAACACCGAUUUUUGGUGUCCCCACACCAACCACGAGGUUGACCAUGGAGGGUUCAAUCCUCUGCUCCACGCCCAAAGGAGGCAGACAGGAAGGGGAAACUAGUCCGAGCGCGAGAAAGAGCAUUGGACUUGAAAAGAUUACAGCUGUAAGGGGUUUGCUGGGAAUGGGGGAUUCAAGGGAUAGAGGAGGUGGGAGGGAAAGUGAAAGAAGGGAAAGUAAUGGAGUAACAGGCAGCCUGGACAAAUCAGAUAAGAAAAGCGUUAUGGCAGCAACAGAUGAGCAGAUUCUCUUGAAAGAGGUGCAGAAGAAAUCUGGAUUUAACCACAAUAAAAAAGACAAUCAUCAAAUCACUUGGAAAGAGGAGUCAAAGGAAGAAAGAAGUUGGAUGGAAGAGGAAAGACGAGUGAAAAGCAGUAGAGACACUUCUGGUGAGGUGGACAGUCCAAGACAAAGAGAUAAACAAAAGGAUGACAAAAAUAAUGAGGAGAGAGAGAAGCGUCUGAGAGAGUAUCACCAGCAGCUGCAGUUCAUGCCUUCAUCAGCAUCUUCAUCUAUUCAUCUCUCCUCAUCCUCUACUUGUCCAUCUUUUUCUUCUUCUAACCAAGAUUCCCUCUCUUCUUCUGUCUCUAAAUCUUCCUGUUUUUUUCUACAACAAUCUUCCCGCUUAUCAGUUUCGGACCUCAUAAAUCAGGAUAUGGAUGAAGUCUUACAUGCAUACAGAGGUUUGAUGGAGCCACUUAUCCCUGAGGCUAUGCUUCUCUCUUGCCAGGACCAAGAGACCAAUCACAAAACCCAAACAAUGCCAGCUAUUGGCGUCCUGGGCCACAGACCUCCUGCAUCCCCACUUAAAACCUCUACAUGUAGUCCCACCCAAACUUUGGCCAUGCAGCCCAUCUCAUCCUUUGUCCGGCAGUCUGGGAACAGUAGUUCCCCCGGCUCACGGGAUCUAAUGACAUAUGGUACCACCCGUGUGCCAUCAGAAUACGCAGACAGUGUUGGCCGAUUGAACACUGUGCCAAAGCAGCGUCACACAGUGACUGCAGAUCAUCCCGGCAACUCAAACAUCUCACUCCAGCAAUACGGUCCUAUGGAAUUAAAUGGCACCAGCAAUCAGAAGAUUACACCCAUAAUCAAUUUGCUUAAACUGGGAGAUUUGGACGAUAGGCGGUCCAGUGUUGUCCAGGGCCAUUGGGAGCAGCUGGAGGAGAUGGAAGCUUUAUUUCGUAAAGACUGGACUCUUAUGUGCCAGCAACCUGAUAUGGCAUUUGGGGAGUAUGCUCACAAACUGGUGGAUAUCAUGGAGAGAAAGGCUCGCUGUGCCCAGAGCAUGAUAACUCAGCUGCAGCCAUUCCUCAAGCCGAGUCAUUCAAACUAGACACACAACAGGGUAGACGAUAAUAAAUGCACAAUAUAUUUUUUACCGACAACACUAAAUGCAAUAUGCAACAUAUCAACAUACAGCUUUUAAUUUAUUAAUGUUCAAUUGACUAAAACUGUAAGAGUUCACAUCUGGAAAUAUAUAUUUAUAUAUAAAUAUGUUUCCCCAUUGAGACAAAAAAAAUAAAUUUUGGAAUUGGAUAAGAAACAUAUAUCCAUUUUGAGAUAUGGUUGUAUUUCUUCUCUACAGGUAUGGGGAUGUUAUGUUUUCCUCUUAGGUCAUCACACAGAUUCAGAUCAUAAUGGUAUAUAGUUUGUGAGUUUCUUGAAUUGCUAUUUAUAAAGCCUACUGCAUAUUUUCAUUUAACCCAAUAACCACUUUUCACCUUUGAUUUUUCUUAAUCUUUGUCUAAAAAAACUGCUGGAGUUUGUGCACAGCAAAUUAUAUUUUGAGACAUUUUUACUAAAAUUCUGAUGAUGAUACAAAACUCUUAUUUCUUACCCAAACAAGCUCAGGUUGACUAAGCUGUUUACUUCACAUGUGGAAAAUGUAGUUUCGUCUUAUUUGUAGAAAUAGUAUGCUUCCUGUUUUCUAUAGCAAUGAGGUUAUUUUGUGUAUUUCUGGUUUACAGCUGGGUAUUUGCAAAUAUUUGUUUUCAGAGUAGGCUUUAAGAAAUAAUAAAAUGUGUCUGAUGUUCAGA